AUGUUUCAAGCCUUUGUUCGGCAAGCGUAUCACCCACUUCCCAACCACCAGCCAGAGGAACCUGAAACGAAGUACAAAGGGAAGCUGGUGAAUGAAACUCAGCUUAACUGCUUCUACAUCAAACCUGGAGGUUCCAACUAUGGGAGUCCCCGUCCAGCUCAUGCCAACAUGAAUGCCAAUGCAGCUGCAGGGCUUGCCCCAGAGCAUAUCCCUACUCCAGGGGCAGCUCUGUCCUGGCAAGCUGCAAUCGAUGCUGCCAGGCAAGCCAAACUGAUGGGUAGUGCUGGCAAUGCAACAAUAUCCACAGCCAGCUCCACGCAGAGGAAACGGCAGCAGUAUGGGAAACAGAAGAAACAGGGUAGCACCACAGCUACACGUCCUCCCCGGGCAUUGCUGUGUUUAACGCUGAAAAAUCCCAUCCGGAGGGCAUGCAUCAGCAUCGUCGAAUGGAAAUCAUUUGAAAUAAUUAUUUUACUGACUAUUUUUGCCAAUUGUGUGGCCUUAGCUAUCUAUAUCCCCUUUCCAGAAGAUGAUUCCAAUGCCACCAAUUCCAAUCUGGAACGAGUGGAAUAUCUCUUUCUCAUAAUUUUUACAGUGGAAGCAUUUUUAAAAGUAAUAGCAUAUGGACUUCUCUUUCACCCCAACGCUUACCUCCGCAAUGGCUGGAAUUUACUAGAUUUUAUAAUUGUGGUAGUAGGGCUUUUUAGUGCAAUUUUAGAACAAGCAACCAAAGCAGAUGGGGGGAAUUCAAUAGGAGGAAAAGGUGCUGGAUUCGAUGUUAAAGCACUGCGGGCUUUCCGAGUAUUACGUCCCUUGCGACUGGUGUCUGGAGUUCCUAGUCUCCAGGUGGUUUUAAACUCAAUUAUCAAGGCCAUGGUCCCUUUGUUGCACAUUGCCCUGCUGGUGCUGUUUGUCAUUAUUAUCUAUGCCAUCAUUGGACUGGAGUUAUUCAUGGGGAAGAUGCAUAAAACUUGCUACCAUGUGCAAGGGGGACUUAUAGAUACACCUGCAGAAGAUGAUCCAUCUCCCUGUGCCCCCCAGUCUGCUCAUGGGCGGCAGUGUCAGAAUGGCACAGAGUGCAAGGCAGGCUGGGAGGGUCCCAAGCACGGCAUUACCAACUUUGACAAUUUUGCUUUUGCCAUGCUGACAGUGUUUCAGUGCAUCACUAUGGAGGGCUGGACAGAUGUGCUGUACUGGAUGCAGGACGCUAUGGGCUAUGAGUUACCAUGGGUGUAUUUUGUCAGUCUGGUCAUCUUUGGAUCCUUUUUCGUUCUAAAUCUGGUUCUUGGUGUGUUGAGCGGGGAGUUUUCCAAAGAAAGAGAGAAGGCUAAGGCUCGAGGUGAUUUCCAGAAGUUACGGGAAAAACAACAACUGGAGGAGGAUUUGAAGGGAUAUUUAGACUGGAUAACUCAAGCAGAAGAUAUUGACCCAGAAAAUGAAGAUGAAGGCAUGGAUGAAGAAAAGCCUCGAAACAUGAGCAUGCCCACCAGUGAGACCGAGUCCGUGAACACAGACAACGUCCCUGGAACAGAUAUUGAAGGAGAAAACUGCGGUGCUAGGCUAGCGCAUCGAAUCUCAAAAUCAAAGUUUAGUCGCUACUGGCGCCGAUGGAAUCGAUUCUGCAGAAGAAAGUGCCGUGCUGCUGUCAAGUCCAAUGUUUUCUACUGGCUCGUGAUCUUCCUUGUGUUUCUCAACACCCUCACCAUUGCCUCUGAACACUACAACCAGCCAGACUGGCUCACAGAGGUCCAAGACACUGCCAAUAAGGUGCUGCUAGCUCUUUUCACGGCUGAGAUGCUGCUGAAGAUGUACAGCCUUGGUCUCCAGGCCUAUUUUGUGUCCCUCUUCAACCGCUUUGACUGUUUCAUUGUGUGUGGAGGAAUCCUGGAAACGAUUCUGGUUGAGACGAAGAUCAUGUCACCACUGGGCAUUUCAGUAUUGAGAUGUGUUCGACUCCUAAGGAUAUUUAAAAUCACAAGAUACUGGAACUCCCUGAGCAACCUUGUGGCUUCACUCCUGAAUUCAGUCCGCUCCAUUGCCUCCCUGUUAUUGCUUCUCUUCCUCUUCAUUAUCAUCUUCUCACUCCUGGGGAUGCAGCUCUUUGGGGGCAAGUUUAACUUUGACGAGAUGCAGACCAGGAGGAGUACAUUUGACAACUUUCCCCAGUCCCUCCUCACUGUAUUUCAGAUCCUGACUGGGGAGGACUGGAAUUCGGUGAUGUAUGAUGGCAUCAUGGCUUAUGGAGGCCCCUCUUUUCCAGGAAUGUUGGUCUGUAUUUACUUCAUCAUCCUCUUCAUCUGUGGAAACUAUAUCCUGCUGAAUGUAUUUUUGGCCAUUGCUGUGGACAACCUUGCUGAUGCUGAGAGUUUAACAUCUGCACAGAAAGAGGAGGAAGAGGAAAAAGAAAGGAAAAAACUAGCUAGGACUGCUAGUCCAGAAAAGAAACAGGAGAUAGAAAAAACAGCUGUGGAGGAGGAGACAAAGGAGGAGAAAAUUGAGCUGAAAUCAAUCACUGCUGAUGGAGAAUCCCCACCUGCUACCAAGAUCAACAUGGAUGAUUAUCAGCCCAAUGAAAACGAAGAAAAGAGCCCAUAUCCCCCAACAGAAGGUCCAGCUGAAGAAGAUGAGGAAGAGCCUGAAAUGCCUGUCGGUCCUCGGCCUCGCCCAAUGUCUGAGCUGCACCUCAAGGAAAAGGCUGUGCCCAUGCCUGAUGCCAGUGCUUUUUUCAUCUUCAGUCCUAACAACAGGUUUCGUGUCCACUGCCAUCGAAUCGUUAACGAUAACAUUUUCACCAACCUGAUCCUAUUUUUCAUCUUGCUCAGCAGCAUCUCCUUGGCAGCCGAGGACCCUGUCCGACACCUCUCCUUUAGGAACCAAAUUCUCUAUUAUUUUGAUAUAGUUUUUACUGUAAUUUUCACCAUUGAAAUUGCUCUGAAGAUGACAGCAUACGGGGCUUUCCUCCAUAAGGGCUCCUUCUGCAGAAACUAUUUCAACAUCUUAGACCUUCUGGUGGUCAGCGUUUCUCUCAUCUCUUUUGGCAUCCAGUCCAGUGCCAUCAAUGUGGUGAAGAUCCUGCGUGUUCUUCGAGUUCUUAGACCACUGAGGGCCAUCAACAGAGCUAAAGGACUAAAGCAUGUGGUCCAGUGUGUGUUUGUCGCCAUCCGAACCAUUGGAAACAUUGUGAUUGUCACCACUUUGCUGCAGUUCAUGUUUGCCUGCAUUGGAGUUCAGUUGUUUAAGGGCAAGCUGUACAGCUGCACUGAUAGCUCCAAACAGACAGAAGCAGAAUGCAGAGGGUACUACAUUACCUACAAGGAUGGUGAGGUCAAUCAGCCAAUGAUACAGCCCCGGAGCUGGGAGAACAGCAAGUUUGAUUUCGACAACGUCUUGACUGCCAUGAUGGCCCUUUUCACUGUCUCAACCUUUGAGGGCUGGCCAGAGUUGCUGUAUAGGUCCAUUGAUUCCCACAUGGAGGAUGUGGGACCCAUUUAUAAUCACAGGGUUGAGAUCUCCAUCUUCUUUAUUAUCUACAUCAUCAUCAUUGCUUUCUUCAUGAUGAACAUCUUCGUUGGUUUCGUCAUCGUCACAUUUCAGGAGCAAGGAGAACAAGAGUACAAGAACUGCGAGCUGGACAAAAACCAGCGCCAGUGUGUAGAAUAUGCCCUGAAGGCCCGGCCCCUGCGGAGAUACAUUCCUAAAAACCAGUACCAGUACAAAGUUUGGUAUGUGGUCAACUCUACCUAUUUUGAAUACCUGAUGUUCGUUCUGAUCCUGCUGAAUACCAUCUGCCUGGCCAUGCAACACUACGGUCAGAGCUGCAUGUUCAAGGAAGCCAUGAACAUCCUCAACAUGCUCUUCACUGGGCUCUUUACUGUUGAGAUGGUCCUGAAGUUAAUCGCCUUCAAACCCAAGGGUUACUUUAGUGAUCCUUGGAAUGUUUUUGACUUCCUCAUCGUAAUUGGCAGCAUUAUAGACGUCAUUCUCAGUGAAACUAAUCCAGCUGAACAUACCCAAUGUUCUUCCUCUAUGAAUGCAGAGGAAAACUCUCGCAUCUCAAUCACCUUCUUCCGACUCUUCCGUGUGAUGCGUCUUGUGAAGCUCCUGAGCCGAGGGGAGGGCAUCCGGACACUGCUUUGGACCUUCAUCAAGUCCUUCCAGGCUCUCCCCUACGUGGCUCUUUUAAUAGUGAUGUUGUUCUUCAUCUACGCCGUGAUCGGGAUGCAGGUGUUCGGUAAAAUUGCGCUGAAUGAUACCACAGAAAUCAACCGAAACAACAACUUCCAGACCUUCCCCCAGGCAGUGCUGCUGCUUUUCAGGUGUGCCACUGGUGAGGCCUGGCAGGAAAUUAUGCUGGCAUGUCUCCCAGACAAGAAGUGUGACCCAGAGUCAGAGCCGGCCAACUCCACCGAAGCCGAUCACUCCUGUGGCAGCAGCUUCGCCGUCUUCUAUUUCAUCAGCUUCUACAUGCUCUGUGCCUUCCUGAUCAUCAAUCUUUUUGUAGCUGUUAUAAUGGAUAACUUUGAUUACCUGACACGGGACUGGUCCAUUUUAGGACCACACCACCUGGAUGAGUUUAAAAGGAUCUGGGCAGAGUAUGACCCUGAAGCCAAGGGACGGAUAAAACACUUGGACGUGGUGACACUGCUCCGGCGGAUCCAGCCCCCCCUGGGCUUCGGGAAGCUCUGCCCUCACCGGGUGGCUUGCAAACGCCUUGUCUCCAUGAAUAUGCCACUGAACAGUGAUGGGACUGUUAUGUUCAAUGCCACUCUCUUUGCAUUGGUCAGAACAGCACUGAGGAUCAAGACAGAAGGUAACUUGGAGCAAGCCAACGAAGAGCUGAGAGCAAUAAUUAAGAAAAUCUGGAAACGCACCAGCAUGAAGCUAUUAGACCAGGUGGUGCCCCCCGCAGGUGAUGACGAGGUGACUGUUGGAAAGUUCUACGCCACUUUCCUGAUUCAGGAGUAUUUCCGAAAGUUCAAGAAACGCAAAGAGCAGGGAUUGGUGGGCAAGCCCUCCCAGCGCAAUGCGCUCUCCUUGCAGGCUGGUUUGCGCACACUUCACGACAUUGGGCCGGAGAUCCGACGAGCGAUUUCUGGAGAUCUGACAGCUGAAGAAGAGCUAGAUAAGGCCAUGAAAGAAGCUGUUUCUGCUGCCUCUGAAGAUGAUAUCUUCCGGAGAGCUGGAGGCUUGUUCGGAAACCAUGUCAGCUAUUACCAAACUGAUGGCAGGAGUGGGUUUCCCCAGACAUUCACCACCCAGCGACCUUUGCACAUCAAUAAGUCUGGCAACAACCAGGGAGAUACUGAGUCUCCAUCUCAUGAGAAGUUGGUGGACUCCACAUUCACUCCCAGCAGCUACUCAUCUUCAGGCUCCAAUGCCAACAUCAACAAUGCCAACAACACUGCCCUGUGCCGCUUCCCCAGCCCACCCAGCUACCCCAGCACUGUCAGCACAGUGGAAGGCCACGGGACCCCAUUGUCACCCACCAUACGUGUCCAAGAGGCUCCUUGGAAACUACCUUCCAAAAGGACUCAUUACUACGAAACACUGGGACGCUCCAGUUCCAGAGACAGCCAGCUGGCAAUUGUUUGCCAAGAGGAAGUGUCUCAGGAUGAGACUUACGAUGAAAAUUUGAAUGAAGACAUUGAGUACUGUAGUGAACCAAGUCUGCUCUCUACUGAAAUGCUUGCAUACCAAGAUGAUGAAAACAGACAACUUACUCCACCAGAACACAGCAAAGGAGAGGACAGCCGGCAUUCUCCGAAGAAAGGGUUUCUGUGCUCCUCAGCACUAGGUCGAAGAGCAUCUUUUCACUUAGAGUGUCUGAAAAGACAGAAAAACCAGGGUGUAGACGUCUCACAGAAGACAGUUCUGCCUUUGCAUCUGGUACAUCAUCAGGCAUUAGCAGUGGCCGGCCUGAGUCCUCUUCUUCAGCGAAGCCAUUCCCCCACCAUGUUCUCUCGGCUCUGCGCUACGCCCCCCGCCACCCCCUGCAGCCGCGGCUGGCAGCACCAGAACAUCCCGACGCUGCGCCUCGACGGGGCGGAGUCCAGCGAGAAGCUGAACAGCAGCUUCCCCUCAGUACACUGCGGCUCUGGGUACACCGACGACACCGGCUGCGGCAGCCCCAGGCGAGCCAGGCCCGUCUCCCUCACCGUCCCCAGCCAGAGCGGAGGGAGCAGCAGCCAGUUUCACGGCAGCGCUAGCAGCCUGGUGGAAGCGGUCUUGAUUUCGGAAGGACUGAUGCAGUUUGCUCAAGAUCCAAAGUUCAUUGAGGUCACAACCCAGGAGCUUGCAGAUGCCUGUGACAUGACGAUAGAAGAGAUGGAAAAUGCAGCAGACAACAUUCUCAAUGGUAACAGCAAGCAGAGCCCCAAUGGCAACCUCUUGCCUUUUGUUAACUGCAGGGACCCAGGGCAGGACAGUGCAGGAGAGGAAGAGGAAGAGGUGCAGAACCCGGAUUGUAGAAAAAGUCAGGAGGAGCUCAAGGACAGCAGGAUUUAUAUCAGCAGCCUGUAGUUGCCAGGGCUGGAAGCGAUGCUGGUUUUUUUAUUUGUUUCAAUGUUCCUAAUGGGUUUGUUUCAGAAGUGCCUCACUGUUCUCGUGACCUGGAGUAACCGGAACAGCGUUCUUCAUUCAUUUCUGUUGGGACGAGUCGCAGAGUUGGGUGGUGUAAGAAAGCUUUUCAGGAGCGGAUAUAACCCCAGCACGUGUCCAUGAAGGAAGAGUGAGGAGGAGGAGAAGGAAGAGGAGGAGAGCCAGUUCCCUCUUUUUUUCAGUCCCUGCACAAGGAACGACUGCCUCCGGAGAGCAAAGGAGAACCUCAGCUUCCUGUGGAUGGCCCUAGCCAAAAGGACCCUGCGUCAAACGGGUGUCUUUCAACUUUGCUUGUAAAAAUCAUUUUGCACAUAUUCUGUAUGAGCCUCACCAUCUCCAUAAAGCCAAGGCCCUUUGAUUCAGAAGGAGAGGAAGACUUCUGCUGUGGAUUCCCAUACCGCCCAGGGGAGGAGGAAGCAGAAGAAGCUUGAGGGCACCUGAGGGGCAGGUGGAAAUGCUGCCCACCCCUGCCAAGACUCCCAGGCAGCAGUCUCUGCCAACCAGUCUGAGCUCAGGCAGCCACUCCUGACAACCAAUCAGAGCUCGAGCAGUCACUUGCCAGCCAAUCCAAGCCCAGGCAGUCUUCUGCCGACCAGUCAGAGCUCAGACAGCCAGCUGUGCCAGCCAAUGGGAGAGCGGGGAGCAGGCUCUGCGGCGGGGCUGCCCUGCCCUGUGCUUGCUGAGGUGGUGGUGGGCUUGUGUAGAUCUCUCCUUGUUUUGCAGUUUGAUAUUUUCUUGAAAGCAUGUUGCAGUUUUUAUUUUGAAUUUUUUUUUUUCCUGAGGGAGAGUGUUUACAACGUUUUGUAAUCACCUACCUUUUUGUUUUGGUUUAUUUUCACCUUCGCAAAUGUUAAAUUGGUUUGAUCAUGUUGUAUUAUUUAAAGCUGUGGGGGUGUUCUCCAUUGGAAUUUGGUAGAAGAAUAACAAUAGACAAGUUUUACCAACCAUUAUGUACACUGAGAAUUUGUAAUUUUAUUUCCUAGUAACUGAAACCUCCUUUUUUUGUUGUUGUUUUAUAAUUUAAAGAUAGUAGGCAAUGCACUUGAUAUAGUCUUGCACAUCUGAGUGAUUGAUUUGGGUUCUUUCUAGUGCUAAGUAUAUCUGUGAGUGUGGGAGCAAUACAAAGCGAGUGUGCGAGCGCGCGCGCGUGUAAGUGCGUGCAGUUCUCCACAUCCUGGUUUGAGCUGCAGGAGAUCCGUAUCUGGGGCCAUGUGGAUGCAAAAACAAACCACUGUCUCUGCUUUUGAAAGGGGAAUCAGUAACUCUUUGCAUUUUCUGUUCCACAAGAUAUGCAAAAACAAUGCAAUAAUAUUCAUUUUAAAAUACAAUUGUAAGUUGUGUUGACAUGAAAACUGUACAGAAAAAAAAAAUUGUGGGGGUGGGAGGGAAACAAAAAAACAGAAGGCAUUACGCUUCAAUAUAUUCCAUGUGAUGUUUUAUUGCAUUGAUAAUGUUUCUGUUGAAGAAACCGUUAUACUUGAAUUCAGGUCAGUUUCAGUACUUUUCAAAUAUUUUUUUAAAAUUAAUUGCAAUU